AUGGGUGAUGAGUUGAGCAAGUUUAUGAUUCAAAAAACUUGUCAUAAGGAUCCUCUUACCUUUGAAUUGGCGUCGCUUCACCAGAUACUUCAGCCCCAGCUCCGCACUUGCCAUAGCAUCAGCGCGAGUUUACCUAUCUCGUUGCCUCGCCCUCUGCCACUUCUGCUCUUCUCAUCUCUUCAAGCCCUCGUCUUUUCUCGCCCACUACGUCUCCCCCUUUCUCUUUAUCCAUCCCCAACUCCUUCAAUGCUCUUUACACAUGUGUACGCACUGCCCUGCCUUCCUCUCCUUCACUCAACACUACCUCUAGAUAGCAAACGUCCACUAGGGGGAAAUCAAGCUCCAGAUUUUGAAGCAGAGGCUUUUUGCUCAGGAGUUUAUCAAGCACUUUUGUUUCAGGUCAAACUGUCUGAAUACAUUGGGAAGAAAUAUGUUAUCCUCUUUUUCUACCCGCUGGACUUCACAUUUGUUUGUCCAACAGAAAUCACUGCUUUGAGUGACCAAUAUGCAGAGUUUGAGAAACUAAACACUGAGAUAUUGGGUGUUUCAGUCGAUAGUGUGCUAUCGUGAGAUUAGGGGAUUCCAUUUCAAAUCAUCUAGCAAUAGCAAAGAGUUCUUGCUCCUGGCGUGGGUUCAAAGAGAUAGAAAGUCUGGUGGCCUCGGUGAUUUGAAGUAUACAUUGAUCUCUGAUAUCACCAAAUCAAUUUCAAAAUCCUAUUGCGUUCUCAUUCCUGAUCAGGUAUGUUUUA